AUGCUGAUAAACGAUACUUACUACUGCCUUACCGACCGCUCAAUCCCGGGACCUCCGGGGACUAAUGUUACAUUCGCCACACUGGAAAAGUGCAGUGAUCAAGAAAACUUCGAUAAAGCUCAAUUAUGGCAAGGUCCAGGCUAUUUCUCAACUAGAGUGGCUCGCGAUAACAACGAGCUUCGACUUCCCGGCUUUGGUCCUGGGCUCACAUCUUAUCGAUCCCAAUGGAGAAGAAACUAUGCUACCAAGCGGUGCAUCAUGCCUUAUUGGGGCUUCCCCGGUAAAUGGAUUAAUAUGGACGUAAUUCAUCUAAAUUAUUUGGAUACUGGAAAAGGCUUUGUAGCCUUGGCUCCUUGCGGGAACGGGGAAACACCCAAAGGGUAUGGGAUACACAGUUUGCGAACUGAAGUCGUAGGUGUUCCAUUUGUGUAUGGCAAUCAUACCCAGCGGUAUUCUUCGAAUCUACGGUUUGACCAGCUGGCCCCAGAUCUUCGAAAUGGAAGUUUUGGCUGUCCCGCAGAUAGGCUCGAUCCUACCCUAGACAAACCCAAUCAAAAUUCAACUCUCCGUGACUACACUCGUACAAAGACUUCAGAACUCAACGAACAGUACCUCAACUCCCUUAUGCUCCCAAAUCUGAUCCCGGCGUCCUUAAAUGGUACACAAUUCUACCCCGCCAUAUUUGGCUGCGUGAGUCGGAAGCUCCCCGAAAAAACCACACUCCCAUAUACGCUCGCAUAUGUCUACCAGAUCGGAUUAAAUAUAUACGUGGACAAGAUGCAAGCUUGUCAACAAAAAAAUAAAAGAGCGAAGGAACUGUGGGUAGCUUCUGACGAGUUCCUUCAGGCAAAAUCUUACUGGGAAACAGCUCAAAGAUGCCACGUCAACCCCGGCCUUGAUGGGAUUUUGAAUCAGAUGUGUAUUGAACUUCAAAACAGGGGCUUGCUGAAUUUACCACCUCCUGACCCGGAAAGACCACCAAAUUUCGUUGAGUGUGACGAGAUAGCUACUCUGGAUAAAUCAAACCCACUGGCCAUCGAGGAUUUAAUGCAUAAGAAUUACUGA